UCUCUCAGUUCCCGUAUGAUCUCCGCGCAUGCGCAGUGAGAGCAGCUGCUGUUAAGUUUGUUCUCUGAAUUAAACACACAAUCUUGUGACGGAUUAUUAUAUUUGGUCGAUUUAUACCGAUUAUUGUUAUUAUAAAACUGCGUUUGGCGUUUUUGUUGAAAAGCAGGACUGAAGAAUGAAUCAGUUUGAACAUUUGUCGGAGGAAGACUCCGGUGACCAAGAGGAGAUGAAGGACAACAGCGAGACUGAUGGAGGAUCAAUAAAUAAUAACAACAACAACAGACGCAAGGCUGUGACUCCAGGUGUAGGGGAACACCCGCUGCAGUAUAACUACACCUUCUGGUACUCUCGCCGGACGCCCAGUCGUCCCGCCAACACUCAGAGUUAUGAGCAGAACAUCAGACAGAUGGGGACAGUGGCGUCGGUGGAACAGUUCUGGAAGUUCUACAGUCAUCUGCUGCGACCUGGAGAGCUGACGGGACACAGCGACUUCCACCUGUUCAAAGAGGGAAUCAAACCCAUGUGGGAGGACGAGGCCAAUAAAAAUGGCGGGAAGUGGAUCAUUCGUCUGCGGAAGGGUCUGGCGUCUCGCUUCUGGGAGAACAUCAUCUUGGCGAUGUUGGGGGAACAGUUCAUGGUGGGAGAAGAGAUCUGUGGUGUGGUCGUCUCUAUACGAUUCCAGGAGGAUAUUCUGUCCAUCUGGAAUAAAACAGCCAGUGAUCAGGUGACGACAUCACGGAUACGAGACACACUGCGACGAGUGCUGAACCUGCCCCCAAACACCAUCAUGGAGUACAAGACACACAACGACAGCCUCAAGGAUAACUCCAGUUUCCGGAAUACAAAGAUCACUUUGUGAAAACCUGAAAAUAAUUUUCAUAUGGACACUUUCCAUUUUACACCAAGAGCACGCUGUACCAGUGCUUCAGACGGACUCAGUGACCAGAGCGUGUGUGUGGGCGCAUGAGUUUGUGUGUGUAUGCGUGAGAUUGUUUGUGUGAUUGCGUGUGUUUGUGUGUGUGCGUGCGCGCGCCUGUGUGAACUCUUGAUUAAAAACAUUCUCUGCACACAUCAGUGUGGUUAGUGUUAAUUAUUGUCUUUGAGGUUUUAUGUUAUUUAGUGUAAAAACAAAAGUAACAUGAGUUUGAAAGAUAACAUUAAUUCUUCUAUUAAAACUUGUGUAUUAUUUGAGCAGUAAAGUUGUUUAAAUUGUAAUUUUUACAGUAAUUUUAGUGUUUGUUGACAUUACAUCAUCAUUGCAAUAAAGUUAUAAAUUGUCUCUACACAGAUAAAAUCAUGUUAACACACACAUUGGUUAUGUCUUGUGUCUAUACUUUUGAAACAGUAUUUUAAUGUUUACAGAUUAAACCCCAUUGACUUCCAUU